GGCAGCCGCACGCCAACCGUAUGUAUUCAGUGUAUGGCAGGGGUACCUCAUCGAGUCAGGGAGAUUGGAUGGAUGCCAUUGCGGUCAUUGUUCCUGUGUUUGUCCUUCAGCGUUUCGUUAUCUGUAGCAUUGAUAUGCUCACGGGUAAAUGCCGCGUCUUUGAUCCGAACUUGUAUCGGAUCCUGGCACAGGAACGCCACGACAUGCUGCGCGCUCUUGCUCCUUUGGGCCUCCUUUUCUACCGGGUGCUUGAGGUGUCCCUUUGGUUCGAGCGGACACGCAUUGUGGAGAACCCGACUCAGAAUCUCGAAUGGCGUCAGCUCCAAAUCGAGUAUGCCGAUCCUGCCGAGCAGUUCGCACAGUCUGACCGAUGGAGCUCUGGUGUUUUCGCGUGCAUGACUGUAGAGCGUUUGAUCGCAGACUCGCCGAGUCUGUCGUGGGGCAAUGACCAUGUUCAGGAGUAUAGGCACAAGAUAGGCAGUGCCAUCUAUGAGUUCUGCACGACCCCCAAUACACUUUGAUAGUGUAUUUUCAUCCUUAUGACUAUUUUGUUUACCAACAUUUUUACAUUACAUUCUAGUA